CCUCUAUGGAGACCCAGGAGCCGUGCUCCAAGCAGGGCUGUUGCCUCCACGUCCAGCUUUGCACCUGCCCCUGGAGGUCUCUGCUUCCCUCUGCGUGCAGUCAGCCUUCCCCAGGUCUCCCGCUCCCCAGGCUGGCCUUGGCCUUUCUCGUUUUGUCUAUCUUGGAAGCACUGGAAAAGCUAAGCAGAGUGAGACCAGCUCCUGGUUCUCUCUCCCCAGUGUCCCCCAUGUCUCCUGCCACCAGCCCACAGGGAAAGGGCUGGAGGGUCUGGAGAGCCUUACUCCUGCUUCUGCUGCUGCUGCCACUGCUGAUCCCAGGCUCAUGGGCACUACCGGAGGCUCAGCAUCUUCACCGAGUGGCGGGGCAGACGCUCUCUGUGACAUGCCAGUACCCCCCCAAGGGCUGGCCCUACGAGAGGAAGGGCUGGUGUAAGGAGCUGUCAGCGUUCAAGUGCACCAGGCUAGUCACCAGCUCCAGUCCCGGCAGACUGGUUCAGGCCUCUCGAUUCUCAAUCUGGGACAACCCUAGUGCUGGUGUCUUCACUGUCACCAUGACUGGUCUGAAGGAGGAAGACUCGGGACACUACUGGUGUAGAAUCUACCACGCUUCCAGCAACUCUGUCUCUAAGUCCACAAGAUUCUAUCUGGCAGUGUCUCCAGCUCGUGCCUCCACACAGGCCAUCCGGGCUUCCGGUGAGCUGGUCUCAUCACCGACCCAGAGCUCUGUGCCCCCCACUGGAAGAGUCAGGGCGGCCUCCGGGGCUUCCUCUGCCCUCACCGCCCCUUCACAGCAACAAAACUCCACCCUCCAGUCUCACCCUGCAGCCCCCAGUGCUCUGGUCCCCAUGCUCUGUGCACUGCUUGUGGCCAAGAGCCUGGUGCUAUUAGCCCUGCUUGUCCGAGCCUUAAGGAGUCCACGUGUGCAACAUAGAGGGAUGUGUCUGAUGUGCGCAGCUCGGCCCAGACUCCAGGCCUUGGGGUCCAAGAAGGAUGGCCAUUCUCCCCCAGGCCCCCGGGGAGCCCCUGCCUGGCCUCUGAACCCUUCGCUCACUGCAAAGAAAAGGCAGAAGUCCCCCAGAGCUUGAUCCAAGACCCUUGACUACACCCCUCACUCCAGGGCGGAGGAUUUCCCAGCCUGGCCUCCUCCCAAGAUCCAGGCCCACUAGUGGCUCACAGGCAGUUGGCAUCUGGGACAGCACCGUCCAGGUAUGGGAGCCGAAGGCCAGUGCAGCAGCUGCCCACCAAACGCGAGCCAGCGCUGCGGGCGACUCUGACUCCUCUCCCCACCGCCUCCUCCCCAGCCCGGCUCCUCAUGCCCCUGCUCCCGUCCUCCCGCUCCC